GUUCGGCUGCAACAACUCGUCGCUUCUCCCAAGCUUCACCUGUUUGCACGUUCCGUGUCUGUAGCUUGUUCGCAUCAUGUUGCUGGUCCCAUCGCCUGCCCGCGAGGCAGCCACCAUUCUUAGAAGCUGCGUUUCAAAAUCUGGCGACCUCUAGCGGGGAUGCUCAUUUCCAGGCUAAUUGAUGGAAAUUGGAAAGGACUGAAGUAAAUAUGUUUUCCUGAUGAGGAGAAGUAAAUAUGUGUUCCUGAUAAGGAAACCGGAGUCCCUGACAGAUCGUUGGAGAAGGAAGCUCUCUCUCCAACUUGGACAAGCGGCUGCCUUUUUUUCAAGCACUUGGAGAUCCGUCACUGUCACCCGCCCUGAAUUCUAAGCAAUUUCAAAAUUUCAAAACGCCUCGGUGGUGCUUCCGAGUCAAUCGAUGGAGAUAAACAAUACCAAAAAAUUAUUUGGCCUUCGAACUCGACAAAUUGAAGUGUUGCUUUGCGGACUUUCAAGAACGAACCAUGAAAAGCAUUAAACGGAAUAGAAAAGUGAGCAGAGGGAGGAAGAGAGAGAUCAGAGGCUAAAUUACUAGGAGUGGUGGAGACAUGCACAUCUCUCUCUCCCGCCCAAGCCACGUUGCCUUAAAGAGGGCGCCCCCUUCCCAACGUCUUUUAUUCGAAUUCUGAAUCUCGAAAGACUCUCUCUCUCUCUCUAUAGCAACGCUUAUUGCUGCUUCUGGAGAUCGUUGGUGGUUCUUCUUUGCAUCUUGAACGAUUCAAGGAUGGCCUACCGGCCGGAUUUCUUUUGACAGUAUAUACAGAUGAGUGAGGAGUUUAUCUGUACGUACCAUAAGAGAGAGUGUGUUCAUGCAUGCAAGUGCAAUUGCGUCGUCAUUUACAAAAUUUGGUACUUCAUUAGCCUGGAAUGGCUUCUAUAAACCUUUUCCUGGAUGAUGUACUACGAGAAAACAAGCCUGUGGUUAUAGAUCUUUCCCAGAAUGAGCACGUGCUUGAGGCCAAUGAACGUGUGAACGAUUCUGUCCAGCAUGCUGUACCAAAGCAGAGCGCGACUGUUGCAAGUAAUGUCAGAGAAUUAUUAGAGUGCCCUGUCUGCUUGAAUGCUAUGUAUCCUCCCAUCCAUCAGUGUUCAAAUGGGCAUACUUUAUGUUCUGGAUGCAAGCCAAGGGUGCAUAACAAGUGUCCAACUUGUAGGCAUGAACUUGGGAACAUCAGGUGUCUGGCAUUAGAGAAGGUGGCUGCAUCUCUUGAUUUGCCUUGCAAGUACCAGGGUUUCGGGUGUAUGGGUGUGUAUCCUUACUACAGCAAGCUGAAACAUGAAUCACAAUGUUCAUUUAGGCCCUAUAACUGCCCAUAUGCUGGGUCUGAAUGCAGUGUUGUUGGCGAUAUUCCUUCAUUGGUAGCCCAUCUGAAAGAUGAUCACAAGGUUGACAUGCAUAAUGGAAGCACUUUCAAUCAUCGAUAUGUGAAGUCCAACCCAAAUGAGGUUGAGAAUGCUACUUGGAUGCUUACGGUUUUCAGUUGCUACGGGCAGUAUUUCUGUCUGCACUUUGAGGCUUUCCAGCUUGGGAUGGCACCUGUCUACAUUGCCUUUCUCCGCUUCAUGGGGGACGACACUGAGGCCAAGAAUUACAGUUACAGUUUAGAGGUUGGGGCAAAUAGGGGGAAGAUGGUGUGGCAAGGAGUUCCUAGAAGUAUAAGGGAUAGCCAUAGAAAAGUUAGAGACACCUAUGAUGGCUUGAUUAUACAGAGGAGAAUGGCUCUCUUCUUCUCUGGUGGUGACAGGAAGGAGUUGAAGCUCAGAGUUACUGGAAGAAUAUGGAAAGAACAAACUAGGUUCUCCAUUUGCACAGGCUGCAUGGUAAGAAAUACUAGUAUGGAGAAAGGGUUUUCCGUGUUUGGACCAGAUCUUAGAGCUUAACACCAGCUCAAGCGUAGAUCGUUCUGAGAAGGUACCUUGGUGAUUGCAGUCAUCAGGUUACUUGAAUGCAAGGAGGACGCACAACACGGCUAUAUAUUAUAAACAAAGAGAUUUCUGUGGCUUUGCAGACAGGACUAGGAUCCGUUAUGCUGAUAAAAAAUUGUAAUCUAGUGGCAAAUAACUUCUGUGAAGUUGAGGACGGUGUUGAAACUGAAUUUGGAAACUUGAACCUCCAAAUCGGUUCUUGGACUGUGUAUCCCUGGGUGGGUGUCUGCUUAACCCUGUCUAAAAGGAAGAUUAUAGUCCGUAAAAAUUUUUGAAAAGAUAAAUGGGCAGUGGCUGCUGUCUGUAUGAA